AUGUCAGAUCUACCGCCGGAAAAACUCAAAAUGGUGCUUUCUCCUUCUUCUUCCAUGCCGGAAUCUUCUUCCUCUUUGCACCAUUCCUACAGUCGGAAACAGAAAUCUCUGGGCCUUCUUUGUACCAAUUUCUUAGCUCUAUACAAUCGAGAUGGAAUCGAAAUGAUUGGGCUUGAUGAUGCUGCCACAAAAUUAGGAGUUGAGAGACGGAGGAUCUAUGAUAUUGUUAAUGUUCUGGAGAGUGUUGGGGUUUUGACAAGAAAAGCCAAAAAUCAGUAUACCUGGAAAGGAUUUGCUGCAAUUCCAGCAGCGUUGAAGGAGCUACAAGAAGAAGGGGCUAAGGACACUUUUCACCGUUUUUAUACCAACGAGAAUCCCAAAGUAUCUGAUGAUGAGGAUGAUGAGGAAGAGUCUUCUCAGCCGCUUUCUAGUAGCCAGACUGAUAGCUCAAAGCCUGGCUCUCUUCCCCAAUCUUCAGAUUCGUCUAAAAUAGAUAAUCGACGAGAGAAGUCUUUAGGACUGCUAACUCAGAACUUUAUCAAACUCUUUGUCUGCUCUGAUGAAGCUAGGAUCAUCUCCCUUGAUGAGGCUGCAAAAUUACUGCUUGGUGAUGCUCACAAUACAUCAAUAAUGAGAACAAAAGUGAGGAGGCUUUAUGAUAUUGCGAAUGUCUUGUCAUCAAUGAAUCUCAUUGAGAAGACUCACACCUUGGAUUCUCGAAAGCCAGCUUUCAAAUGGUUGGGAUACAACGGCGAGCCUACUUUCACGCUGAGCAGCGAUUUGAUGCAAAUGGAAUCGAGAAAAAGAGUAUUCGGAACUGAUAUUACAAACGUCAGUGUCAAGAGAAGCAAAACCAAUGAAAAUGCUUCAGAGAGGAGGCUGAAGAUGAAGAAACAUGCAGUAGCAGAGAGUUCUUACAACAAAAGCUUUGAUGCUUAUGAAUCAAGACAUGGAUCAUCAAGAGGUUACCAGUUUGGUCCUUUUGCACCAGCCACUGGUACAUGUCCAACUGCUGCUAUGGAGGAAAACUCUGGGAGAGCUUUUGAUGUGGAGAAUCUGGUUUCAGGUUACCGUCCCUCUUACCAAAACCAAGUUUUGAAAGACCUCUUUGCACAUUACAUGGACGCUUGGAAGUCAUGGUACAGCGAAGUCACUCAGAAGAAUCCAUUACCAAAUACAUCACCGCACCAUUAG